GGAUUUUUCCUUGGGGUAACAAUAGAGGUAUCAAAGCCAUACUUCACCAGAAUUUGCAACAAGAAACGAAGCUUUAGGUAAAGAAACUGGCUUAUUACCGUCAUUGAAGGCUUGUUCUCUUCGAAUUACUGUUUUAUUAAAACUAUGAACCAAUUGGUAACGAUCGAUCGAAACUGAGAAGAAUUUAUCUGCAUGGACUGAGAAGCUUUUCUGCUAGUUGGUAUCAAAAAUCGACUUUCAAUUUAAUCUUUUUCUUUUCGUCUAAAACGGCUUGAUUGUUUUCGAUUUCGUUGGCUUUUGAUUCCAUAGUUUGAGGUUUUUGAAUUGAUCUAUUGAACGCAAGUUUACUGGAUAUUUUGAGAAAUUCGACAACUUAGAGAACAACAAAGACAAAAGUGUGAGUGAUACCGUCAAAACUUGUGUGACAAGAUAAAAUAAAGGUGGAAAAAUACUUUCCCAGAGUCAGAGCCAUUUAUAAUAGAUUGACAAUUCUGUGGCUUUCUCAUACCCCGGAUUUUUCAAGUGAGUAUUUUUGUUCGACAACGAUUACAAGAAAUAUUAAGAGGAAUGAAAACGUCAGAAGAUAAACCAUCUGCCCAAAUUCAUUCCUCCAGUACUACGUUUUCAUCAGCUGUAAUAUCAUCUGCAGUAAGUAAUGUCAUUGGAUUCCCUUUGGACUCUAUAAAGGUUCGCCAACAAACGUAUCAAUUUCCAACUAUACGAUCUUGCUUUCAAAAUGCUAUUCAACACGAAGGUUGGCGUGGUUUGUAUAGGGGUUUAACGCUUCCUUUGGUUUCAGCAACGUUCUCACGCUCUAUUUCUUUUACUUUAUAUGAUUCUUUCAAGCAUUCCUUUGAAAAUACAACACCGUCGAUUCGUUACUUUUUGUCAGGUUUGUGUACUGGAUCUUUAAUUUCAUUGUUUGCGUGUCCAUUUGAAUAUUCCAAGCUUUAUUCUCAAAUACAUGCUCUUUUACGGAGAAAAGAUGUUCAACAAUAUGCAAAUACAUUCGUAAAGCCUCCGCAGCCACCUCUUUCUUCGUUUCAAAGUGCUAACGAUAUUGUACGGAGAUACGGGUUCUGUUCUUUGUGGAACGGGUAUCGCUAUCAUUUGGCUCGGGAUGCAUUUGGUUCUGCUUGCUAUUUUGCUAUUUAUGAGACUUUUAAAGGCUUUUUGAUUUCAAAUCAAGUUACUCCACAUUUCGCUUACGCGUUUUCGGGCGCUUUUUGUGGUGCUCUUUCUUGGAUUUUGGUCUUUCCAAUUGACACUGCUAAAUCUAUUGUACAAAAAAAUACUCUUCUCGCUGUGAAAACGCCUCUUUCGUCCAUUCCUUGGCUCUCAUUUUCUAUAUAUCGAGGAAUUAGCAUUUCUCUUAUGCGAAGUGCUUUAAUCAAUUCUUGCAACUUUACUCUUUUUGAAGUUUUGCGUGAUAUCUCCUUCUUCCAAAACAUUUGAUAAGCAUUACUUUUCAUGUACCAAGUAAGCAAGUCAAAACAAACGAAUUGUCAAUGCUUUAAAAUAAGAACACACUGCAUUGGUGGUAUGUUCUGUACUUUUUGAUCAAAAAAGAGGUAAAUUUGAUUUUUUGGUUUGCUUUCUGAAUGCACAGGAAAAGACUCAAUUGAACUGGAAAAGGUUUUUGUAUAGUAUGGACCUUGAAAUCAAAGAGCGUCAAGUUAACCCCCAUAACGAUAUAAAAAAGUUUCGUUUUUAGCGGUUAUAGAUUAAAAGUAAUUCUAGAAAUACAGUCACUCAUUUUUGUUUAAUAAUAUAGUUGUGAUUCUUGGUCAUGGUUCUUGCGUAUGAAAACCCC